GGUUACGAUACAACCGCCCACGCUAUGUCAUGGACUCUAUAUUUCCUGGGAAGAUUCCACGAAAUUCAAGAGAAAGUGUAUCUAGAAUUACAAGAAAUUUUCGAAAAUGAUAUGAAUAGAGAUAUUACUAUCGAUGAUCUGACGAAAAUGACGUACUUGAAAUGCGUGAUUAAGGAGUCGAUGAGAAUCUAUCCUCCUUUUCCUGGUAUUGCAAGAAAAAAUUCUUCCGAAAUGAAAAUAGGUAAUUACGUGUUGCCUGCAAAUUCGACUCUUGUCAUAAAUAUCUAUGGUAUUCAUCAUAAUCCUUCUGUUUACGAAAAUCUCGAAGUUUUCGAUCCAGACCGUUUCUUACCUGAAAACUAUAAAAAUCUUCAUCCUUACGCAUUUCUGGCAUUUUCUGCCAGCCCACGAAAUUGUCUCGGAGGUAAACUUGCCAUGAUUGAAAUGAAAAUGGUUUUGGCAAAUGUUCUUCGAAAUUUUAAAGUCUACUCUUUGGAUCCUCAGGACAAAAUCGUUAUUUCAUACGCAGUUGUGUUGACCCCAAUACCGGGUAUAAGAAUGCGUGUAGAAAAAAGACGAAUGUUGUAAGAUAUUAAGUAAGAUGUAUAGUACGUUUGAGUAAUUUUUUUUUCAAAUAUAUAUCACUAUAAACAUAGGCCUAUAUCAUGUAAUCUGGACGAAUGCAUUUAAAAACUGUAUCGAAACAAUUAUACU